AUGAGGACGCCUUGGGGCACCCAGGCACCGGGGACACCCUGGGAUGCUCAAGGACAUCUGGGGACACUUGGGGACCAGGGACAUCCGGGGACACCAGGUCACGAGGGACACGGGGGGACACCGGGGCACUGGGGACACCCUGGGGUGCUCACAGGGGGACAUCCGGGGACACCAGGUCACGAGGGACACGGGGGGACACCGGGGCACUGGGGACACCCUGGGGUGCUCACAGGGGUCUGGGGACCAGGGACACUUGGGGACCAGGGCCAUCCAGGGCCACCAGGUCACUAG